CUUGAUGAUUUCAGUAGCUGAAGGAGGAUUUGUUUUGAAGGAAGUAAAAUAAUGAUCUCUUGGAAGUACCUCUUUGCUAUUACUCUGUUGAGUGUUGUCAUUUUUGUGAUACUGUACACCGGCCAAUUACACCUGGGAAGUUACCAAAGGCUGAAUAUCUCUCGUGAACACUAUAUCUUAGCCCAAGCCUGUAAUGAAGCCUUGGUCGGAAAAAGAGAUUCGCUGUGGGAAAUGAUAUUAAAAUCACCAUUUGGACGAGUCUCUUGCAAAGAAUAUCUAAUUAAAAAUCACUAUAUAACCAAGCCUCUGUCCGAAGAAGAAGCUGCAUUUCCCCUGGCUUACAUGAUGGCCAUCCACAAGGACUUUGAGACCUUCGAGAGACUCUUCAGGGCCAUUUAUAUGCCCCAGAACGUGUACUGUGUUCAUGUCGACGGGAAGGCCCCGGUCGAGUUUAAAACUGCUGUGGAGAAAUUACUGGACUGCUUCCCCAAUGCCUUCCUGGCCUCCAAGCUGGAGUCAGUUGUGUACGCCGGAAUAUCCCGGCUGCAGGCCGAUUUGAACUGCAUGAGGGACCUCGUUGCCUCCGAGACACAGUGGAAGUACCUCAUCAACACCUGUGGGCAAGAUUUCCCCCUGAAGACCAACAGGGAGAUCAUUCAACAUCUGAAAGGGUUUAAGGGCAAGAACAUCACCCCAGGGGUGCUGCCUCCUGCCCACGCUGUGGGACGGACCAGAUAUGUUCACAGGGAGCAUAUAAGCAGUGAGAUGUCUUUUAUGCUGAAGACCCAGCUUUUGAAAACGUCCCCUCCGCACAGCAUGACCAUCUACUUCGGCUCCGCCUACGUGGCUGUCACGAGAGAGUUUACCAACUUUGUUCUCCAAGACCCCCGGGCCAUUGACUUGCUUCUGUGGUCCAAGGACACCUAUAGCCCAGAUGAGCAUUUCUGGGUGACCCUCAACAGGAUUCCGGGUGUCCCGGGAUCCAUGCCAAAUGCAUCCUGGGAAGGGAAUCUGCGAGCGAUAAAAUGGAAUGAUAUGGAGCAGCAGCAUGGAGGCUGUCACGGCCAUUACAUACGGGGCAUUUGCAUCUACGGAACUGGUGACUUAAAGUGGCUUUUUGAUUCCUCCAGCAUGUUUGCCAACAAAUUUGAGCUUAAGUCCUACCCGCUUACUUUGGAAUGCUUGGAACUGAGACUUCGAGAGAGAGCUCUGAACCAAAGCGAGGCUCCAGUAGAGAUUAGCUGGCACUUUUAAUUCACAGCUCCUCCCAACUCAAGGGAAAUGGUGCAGAAAGAAAAAUUCAGAAUAGCCAAUGGCUGUUGUUUUGGAAGAGAGCCCUCCUUUCUAUCUAAACAUUGCCUUUUGUUACACGUCUCACCUAACAGGUUGUCUGCACCUCCAGCACUGAAAGUUUCCAUUAUCCACUGGUUAUAUUGUGAAGCAUAUUCUGUUGUACUUGUACUUUGUCCAUCUAUGGCUACUUCUGUCUCCAGGUUUAGCCUGGCUAUAUUGUCAUAGAUACUUACAUCACAGUUGUAUGUCAACCCUUGUUGUAGUCCUCUCCACACAGUGUACUAGGGGAUAGGAGAAUUCUCCUAAUUUGAAUUUUUUUUGAAAACCAGAAUGGUUACAAAGGUGAAUAUGUGGUUAUAGGCUCAAAGCCACCUAUCUACAAAUUCCGUUGUUUCCUCUAAGCCACAUUGGGCAGCUGAGGAGAUAGAACUCUAGACAUUCCACCAUCUUCUCUCUAAAUCUGUGCUAGUGAACUUUAAGAGUAUCUGUGGAUUUUGAGAAUGAGCAUUACGUGUUCUGGGUUGUUUAGUCAUUGUAUUCUGAAAAAUAGUCAUGGAACAUUCUGGGAAAAGCACUGAAUUUUGCCUUGAAGCAGGCGUGGACAGCUGGGCCAUUUGGGAAAUACAGGGGAGAGCAGUCUCUCCACUGUCAUUAUCGGGCUUUUCUCUUUAAACCCCUCUUCCCCAUUCCCACCACCAUCCCUGGAGACUUCUUGCAGGAAGGGAGAUGAGAUGUGACAAGUCUGCCUGAUAGCAGCUGUGAGAUUGAGAGAGUAUGGUAUCUCCAUUCGUUGUUUUGGAGAUCUGAUGGUUGAAUCUGCCUGGACCUAGAGGGGUCCUUUUGCAUCAGAUUCCAUGAGUUUCUUUUGGCAAAAGGAUCCACAAACUCCCAUUCAAUAUUAUGCUGGGUAUUUGUGCAUUUUGGAAAUGUCAAGAAAAACCUAGAGCAAGGCAGCAGGGCAGUGGGAGCAGCCUUUUGGGGUUUGGAAGAGGACAAAACAUUACAUGUGAAUCAGGCAAAAUAGCUGAUUUUUGGACCCCCCAGAUGUACUCAGAAGUGAGGCUAGUCAAAUCCAACCCCCAGCUAUUUCUCAUUCUUCACAGUGCUAUUCCUGUGAAUGUUUGGUGCUGGAGGGUUUUCGCCCCUGAUUGGUUUAGGUGUGAAAGUUAUUUCCACUGGGGAAAAUAACCACUCCGAAAAAUGGGAUCAACACAACUGUCACCACUAGCCCCUAUGCUUCCAGCCAGGACCGAAAUGAGUGUUUCUGAAUGCUUGUGAGGACCGUUCAGUUUUAAAUGUGAUUUGUGUGUGUGUGUGUGUGUGUGUGUGUGUGUGGUUUUUUUUUAAAUUAAGUACAAUACUAGUUUUCUAGGCCCUCAGAACUCAGUUCUGUGGCCCCUUCCGAUGCUGUCGUGAGGGGAACUUGGAGAGGUGGUUUUAUGUGUUAUGCAGUAAAGUUUUAAGUUUGCCUAACAGGUGGAAACUUCGGUGCUGAGAACAUGCCUAUAGUAGUUGGAGUGUGUCAGUGUCGCUGCUGCUCUGACCCCCUGAAGAGACCACGAGUUGGAAAGAAACAAGGAGAGAGCAGGUCAACAGAAAGGCUCUUAUUAAAAUGCCUUCAUUCCACAUUUCAUCAAGCCCAGGGAUGGCCCAGUUUCCUUGCUGACCAAACCAAUUCAAACCAACAGGGUUAAGGGGCUCUUACAAAGGGUUCAGGUGUAACUGGCUAUGUAGACUGCAGGCACUUCAGCACUGGGAAGUCAAAAUAUGGUUGCGGGGUCUUGAAAGACACUGGAAACCAAGGCAAUUACCUCAGCAUCUGGAAUUACUCCCCUGGGGAAUCCUGGUGUGAUAAUAUUUCAAGACACUCCUGCAGUUCUAGGUCCUGGAAUGUGAUGGAGGUAGACUUACAUCCAGCCAAGGAUUGAGGAGAUCAUAAAAGAAGUAGCCCUUUGGUACAAGCAAAAUACCUACAAUUAGCCAGGGGCUAAUUAGCUACUGUGCUUUGAGUUGUCACAUAUUGAGGGGCUGGCUCAGUUUACUUCCUGAGCCAGAGCCUUCUAAUUGGGUGGGCUAAAACACAUUUACUCAGCAGUCUAUUCUGAGGUAGUUCCGGCGUGGAAUGUAGUCAGAAAAGUUUGAUAAUGUUGUGUAAAUGAUAAUGGUACAUUUCUAGUCUGCUGUAGUAUCUGUCCCAUUAAUCUUCCGGAAUUCCAAGUAUUUUCUUUUUUCUCCUAAAUGUUUACCUUUUUCUUCAGUGUGUUCAUUUGAUCAGUGGUAUUUGUACCACAUACGAAGGGAAAAGCAGAGGUUUUCUUGCUAGCGAAAAACCAAGGCAGUAUAGCCAACUAGGCAGAACCACAUCAAACCAAGAAGUAGCACCCGUAGGGGCAGAAAAUGUAAAUCCAUCAGUGACUAAAGCCACUGGACUGCUCUCCCCUAGCAGUUGGGAGAACCCUUUCAGGUCUAGAAGAUGUUUACGUGUCUACAUAUUACGUGUUUACAUGCUGAGUUAGAGGUUUGCACACCCUUCUGUGGAUAGGGGAAGAGCUGCUGAUUCGUGACCAUUCUGCAGCCUGCCCUGAAAGUACUGCAAAUGUCUUUGUUAAUGAUGUUCUGUGUUCUGUUUUCUUGGAAUAAAUUAAUAU